UGGGGACCCCUAGCCUUCUUCUUUGUAACUGAAAAAUGCGGUCCGCAGCUAUUAAUCUGAGAUUGGAGUUUUUGUUGUUUCUUCUUCUUUCCUUGCCAUUUGAUCUUCCACCCUAUGGUAUUACGCGAUGCCGUUUCCUAUCACAUUGUGGAGAGAGUGAGAGCACGCGCAUAAAGGAAGCGACAAUGGGAUGCGAGCGAGGGCUCUAUCUCCUUGAAUGGAUUUGCCAACAACACCAUACCCCGCCCUCGCUAGCCGGCACGCUCCUUCUCCCCCCCAACUCUGACGACCCCCCGCCUUGCGAGAUCACAGGCUUCUUUUACCGAUCCUGCCAUUACAAGCUGCUGCUACAACCCCCGCCUUCUCUGACUCUCAAGUUUUUGAUGAAGCUGAGUAACGAGAUGGAGGCGAUAACGCUUAAGAAUGACAUCGCCGUCCAUGGUUGUGCUAAUCGAAUUAGAGGAGGAGCACUACUAGAUCUCGGUCGAGCUUUUUUACCAUUUUUUAGUACCUUGGAAUGUUUCGACUGGAUUUCGAGAUUCCUUGCAAACGUGAGCCACGAAAAAGGUGCGUGAGAGGUGGAUUCUCUUACCAUGGCCGGUUUAGUGCUUCGAGGGAUUCGUAUACUGUCGGUUGAUUGAGGUGAAGAGGAUCGCGCAGUAGUUAGCAUCUCCUACCAGCAUGCCUUUUCAGUAGAGGACCACCAGAUAGAGUGCUAUGUUGUACAAUCUACCUGCACUGGCGAGGGUCUGGGUUGUUUUCGUGUACUUUUCUUUUGAGCUUGAGGUUCAUUUGGUGAUGUUCGUAUUGUACGGCAACUUUGCUUGGAAAUAGCGCUCUGAUACAUGUUAUUUGUUUAUUCGGUACCUCUUCUUGAUUCAUGUGUUGUGGAUACCCCUCAUGUUUGAUCUCAA